UCAUUUUGCUGUGCAAAAAAUCACAAUUUAAAAUAACUUAAUGUUUGUGUAUUAUUGUUUAGCGUAAAAAAAUAAGUGUAAAUCCAAUAGAUAUAUUCCAAAAUACUUUGUUUCAACUCCCUGUAAAGUGUAAACUGAAGACGCUUUUAAAAUGUCUACCAUCGAGAAACUUACGAUACAAGGUAUACGCAGUUUUGGUGGUAACGCUGGUGAUGCACAGCUUAUACGUUUUAGUUCGCCGGUAACUUUGAUAUUGGGCGAGAAUGGUUGUGGCAAGACGACCGUCAUUGAAUGUCUUAAGUACGCCUUAACGGGUGAAUGUCCGCCCGGCAGUGACCGCGGCAAGAAUUUCGUUCAUGAUCCCAAGAUUUUCAGUCUUACCGAUGUAUUGGGACAAAUUAAACUAGAGGUGCGAAAUGUGCAGGGAGCCCGCCUUUCCAUCUGUCGUUCCAUGAAGCUGGGUAUGAAACGUAAUAAAAUAACAUUUGAAACUUUGGAUGCCACUAUUAAUUAUUUGAAUGAUGAUGACAAGAAGGGCAGUGAAUCAAUAAGUAAACGUUGUGCCGACGUUGACUUGGUCAUGAGUCAAUUUAUGGGUGUCUCCAAGGCCAUUAUAAAUAAUGUACUCUUUUGCCAUCAGGAAGAUUCCAGCUGGCCUCUGGAUGAGGCAAAGAAACUUAAAGAAAAAUUUGAUGCCAUUUUUGGCAUUACCGAGUACAAUAAGGCUUUGGAUCGUAUUAUCAAAAUGCGCAAAGAGGAAAUGGAACAAUUGAAAAUUAAGGAAGCCGAUCUACGUUUUAUGGAGCAUUUGAAACAAGAAAUGGAGGGAAAAUCUUUGGCUCUUCAAAAAUAUAAACAAAAAGCCCAAACAAUUGAUGAUCAAUGUAAAUUAUGCGAUGAUGAAAUGGCUCCGAUUGAGGAACGUCUAAAGCAGAUACAUAAAAUUGAAUAUGAAGUGGGAAAGUAUCAGGCUCAAAAGGUGGAACUGCAAACUAAGCAAAAAAAUUGCACCGAUCAAAUGAACGGACUCAAGAAGAAAAUUAAAAAACUAUUCGAAGGUACCAUGGAAGAAUUAGACAAUGAAAUAUCAUCAUUCCAACAGAGAAUCGCCGAAAAACGUAUGGAACGUAAGGAGGUUGAGGAAAAACUUAAAGGUCAGAGACUGGAAGAGAAAGGUCUACAGCAUAAACACAAUGAAAUUGAUAAGAAACGUGUUGUGAUACAACAGCAAAAGCAAAAAGAACAAGAUUGCAAACAAAAAAGAGCAGAUAAAUUGAAAGCACUUUGUCAGGAACUUAAUAUACCCAUUGAAUUUGAUUUAAUGAAUUCGGUAAAUGAAAUCACUGAGCUAUUAGAGGAAAUACAAGCAUUCUUAGCGGCCGAACAUUGUAAAAUAAGUGAAACUGUUACACAACACGAUAAGGAAGAUCAAGAGCGUCAAACUAAAAUCGAUCAAUUGCGUGUUGAAUUGACUAAGUUGCAAGAGUCCGUUGCCACUAUGCAAAAGCAGAAAAAAGCUUAUGAAAAAGAGUCCGAGCAAGUUGAAAGGAAUAUUUUACAAACGGAAAAAGCCACCCAACAACUUAAAGUGGUUAACGAAAAACUCAAAGAGACCGAACAAUGUUACGAAGAGUCGCUGGCAAAAUUCAAUCAAAAUGAAUUUCGUGAAUCCUUAAAGAAUGACAAGGAAACUAUAAAAAAAUUAGAAACACAAUUUCGUAAAGUCGAUGAACGUUUAACAUUCCUUAAUUCCAUAUCGAAACUGGUCGCUGAAUUGAGUAUUAAAGAGAAGGAACUAGAAAAACGUGAAGAAGAAAUGCGCAAAGUAAAGAGUAAACACAGUGAUAACUUUCGCAAAGUUUUCGAAGAGGGACGUACUAUAGAAACAAAUUUCCAGCGUCACUUAAAAGCCUCCUAUGAAAAAUCUCGCAUUAAAAUUAAAGAAUAUAAUGAAAAACUAAAUUCCAUGAAAUUAAAACAUCAACGUAUUGAGAUUAAACGUAAAAAUCUUAAAGAUGAUUUACAAAAAUGUGAAAAAGAAUUGGAAGAUUGUAAAGAGAAAAUUUUCGAAAAGUGUCAUUCGACCCCUUACGAGGAAAUGUUGGCCAAAUCGAAGGCAUCUGUGAGUAAAUAUCAAUUGGAACAUGGUGCUCAAAAAUCAGCUGAAGUAUUUUAUAAGAAUUAUUUGCAAAAAAUAGAUGAAGAACCCUACUGUCCUUUGUGUCAGAAGUGUAUGGACACAGAAGAGGCCUCUAAUCUAACCACGGAAUUAACUGAUAAAAUACAAGAUUUACCACAAAAUAUUGAAAGGGUAGAGAAACUGCUCAAAGAAGAACAAAAGAAAUAUGAAAGUUUAUUACAUUUAAAACCGAUUAUCGAUAAAGUGGCACGUUUUGAAGCGGAAAUACCCCAAAAGAGAGAAGUAUUAAAAAGUUUGCAAAAUCAAUUGGCCGAAUCCAGUACUGAAAUGGAAAAUAUGCAAACACUUUUGGCCGAACCCACUACCACCAUGGAAACCGCCAAUUCCAUGAUGGGAGACAUGUCACUUUUGGAUGAGUGCAUUAAAGAAUCGAAUCGUCUUAAAAACGAUAUUGAAAAGUUAAAAAGAAAAAUGCCUGAAAAUACUGAAAGUGACAAUAUUUCCAUAGAUGAGGUGCAGGCAGAAAAAACCACUAUAUCAACGGAAUUGGAAGAGAAACGCAAAGAGUUGGAUAAGAAUCAACAAUAUUAUGAAAAGAAUAUGGAUGCUCUUAAUAAACUAAGAGAAUUGAAAAAUUCUUUAAAAGAUCAACAAAUAAAACUCCAGGAAGGCAUACAAAAUUUACCACAACUUAAGGAACGUAAAGCUGAACUUUCGAAUCUUUUAGUUGCCAUGUUGGCGGAAAUGCAAGAGAAACAAGCUAAAGUCUCGCCGCUAAAGCAACAGCUAACGGCCGCCUCUGCAGAAAAAUCUCAACUGAAAGAAAAGAAUCGCAUUAAGAUAAAUCAAAUGCAAAAGAAACUGGAUACUUUUAGAAGAAUGGAUCAUGACAUUAAUAGGCUGGACAAUGAAGUUUUGGAUUAUCAACAGUUAAAUCUGGAUCAACAAAUAAAAGAUAAAGAGGAUGAUUUAAAUGCCAGCAAAGAAGAACUUAAAAAAAUAGCUCAAACCAUAGCCGAAACUAAUGAGCAAUUGGAUGCCAUAAAAGCGGAGAUUGCCAAUCAAGAAUCUAUAGAUCGUGACUUUAAAGACAAUCGUGAAUUAAAGAUACUGGAAGAAAAACUUAAAGAUUUAAAUGUUAAAUUUGAAGCCCUUAUGGAAGAAUUGGGCAAAUUAGAUUUCUCAAAUGUCUCGAAAGAGAAAUCGGAAUUAACGAAAAAACGUGACAAAAUAACCGUGCGUAAAGGUGAACUUUUGGGUCAGCGUGGCGAGGUCAAACAUCAGAUAACAAAAUUAGAAAGAGAACUGGCUGAACCGAAAUAUCGUGAUUCUCUUGUUAAUUAUCGUCGCAUUUACUAUGAAGUUCAAUUGACCAGGAAGGUAGCUAAUGAUUUGGGUCAACAUCGUGUGGCCUUAGAGUGGGCCCUUAUGCAAUUCCAUACCGAAAAAAUGCAAGAAAUUAAUCGUUUGAUACGUGAAUAUUGGCGUCUCAUUUAUCGUGGCAAUGACAUUGAUUACAUACAAAUACAAACGGAAGAGGGUAAGGAGUCAGCCUCACCCAUGGAUCGUCGUCGCAGUUAUAAUUAUCGUGUUAUACAAUCGAAAAAUAAUUCCGAAAUUGAAAUGCGUGGUCGCUGUAGUGCCGGUCAACGUGUACUCGCCUCUCUCAUUAUACGUAUGGCUUUGGCCGAAACAUUUAGCAGUAACUGUGGUGUUUUGGCUUUAGAUGAACCCACCACCAAUUUGGAUCGCAAUAAUAUUUUAUCAUUAUGUGAUGCCCUCAAUCGUAUUGUCGAAGAACGCCAGACUCAAUCUAAUUUUAUGUUGAUCAUAAUCACUCACGAUGAAGCCUUCAUUUCCACAUUGGGUAAAAUCAAUAGUUAUCAUCGUGUUUUCCGUAAUGAUGAGUGUAAAUCUGUAAUACGUCAAGUUCAAGUAGCCUAGAUGUCUGAUGUCUUGUCUGUUCAAUCGUCGUAUUUCGUACAUACAACAAAUUCGUGUAAGUGGUAAGCAAUGUCUUUAAGUAUAAAAAAAAGUUUUAUUUAUGUGAAAAUAAACAGAUAGAGAUCUAAUUAAUUUUA